GGUAGUGGUUGCCUGCUCUCAGGUCCCUGCCUCAAGAGACAGCAUAAGGCGGGUGCCUGGUGGAGGAACAGCCCCAGGUUCCCUGUGACCACAGUGCGCUCAGGACACUUCCGGGCUCUCCUUCCCCCGCGAGGCGUGCUUCCCAUCAUGAGGCUGCUCUUCCUCCUCUUGCUCCUUCUGCUGAGCCUUAUCCACACAGCAUCAGGGUACAGGAGAAAUGACAUCUACCUGGAGUGUGGAAGAAUGGGUGGAGCCUGCAAGCACCAGAAAACCCACGGCUGCUCCAUCCUGCCGGCAGAGUGCAAGAGCCGUCACAAGCACUGCUGCAGAGUGUAGCUGGCCCCGGACCUCGAGGCCGAGGGCAGGGAGGGACCUGGCUUCUCUGAGUCCAACUUAGUAAA